AUCAAUUGCAUUUUCGCUCUGCCGGCGAACUGAAGUACAAUUCUUUUCAUCCGCAUUCGCACGAAAUCAAGUGAAUCCAGAAUGCUGUCCAGGGUCUUCUGUAUGCGCCUGAACACCUAUGGUGUGCUCAUUGGAUGGCUGGGCGUGAUUCUAUCCUUCUUGGCCACGAUCCUUUUGUCCGUGGCCCUGGGAUUCGUCGAUGAAAUUGCGCAGCAGAUCGCCAAGGAAUCCAAAGAUUCGGACAUGACGGUCACCCAGAUUCGCAGUGUGCUAGUAAUCAUUUUCAGUGUUUACCUGGCGCUCAAGGUGAUUAAUCUUCUGGCUUCGGUCAUGUUGGUCGCAGGUACCGUUAAGGAACGCCAUUUGCUCCUGCUGCCCUGGCUGAUCAACAAUGGAGUGUUGCUUGUCUUUGGAAUUGUCACCAAUAUUGUAAUGCUGGCCCAAGUCAUCGGAAGUACACCCUUCCUGAGCGCUCUUCCACUCAUUUUGGUGGAUGUGGGCCUGCUCGUGCUGACCUGGUAUCUCUACUACGGCAUCUACUCGCUCUUCAAGCAGAUCCAGGCAUCCAGUGAGGUCCAGCGACCGCUGAUCCCACCGCCGACCCAGCAGCAGACCAACUCUUAUCCCAGCUACACCAAGAUUUAAGCUCCAGUGCAGCUUCCUGUUUUGCGAGCUCUUAUUACAUCAUAUCCCUUUCGAAUGUUUCCAGUGGGGCCUCCCCGAUUAACGUAAUAUUUUUCUAGCUAGUAACACCAAAAUUAUAUACUACGUCGUAUUUCAUGCAUCAGAGAACGAAAAUCUGUGUGUACAUCAUAUAUAUUUACAUUAACGCGACUGUAUCCAUACGUAUAUUCGAACGAAAUGGCCAAAACACGAUUUUUCGAUUGGCUCCAAAAAAAA